GACUCGCUACAGCUGCGGGAAGAGCCCCGGGUCAGGCGGCCCCUUCCAGCCUCUGGGAACCCAUUCCCACCGAGAAGGCCGAGAUUGGACUCAGGAGAAGCCCAAGGAGAGCGCGGCUGCCGGGGGCCCCGUGGACAGCUCUACCUCUCUCCGUCCUUUCGCUACUUCAGAAGGUUGAGCCUGGGAGUUGCAAACAGGCUCCGGGAGCUGCAGAAGAGGAAGGUUCCCGGUGACGGAGAACAAUCAACCAUGACGACAGAAUCCGGUUCAGACUCAGAAUCCAAGCAAGACCAAGAGGCCGAGCCCCAGGAGGCUGCAGCUCCUCAGGGCGGUGCUGGGGCACAGCCCCCGGGACCUGGUCCAGAGCCCGGAGCGGAGCAGCAGGAGGUCUUGGAGCCCUUUGUGGCCGCUGCUGCACACAGCACCCCUGUGCGAAAGGAGGCCACUGAAAAGGAACAGGCGUUUGCUGCCGCAGCGGCAAAACAGCUUGAGUAUCAGCAAUUUGAAGACGAUAAACUUUCUCAGAGAUCAUUUAGCAGCAAAUUAUCUCGUUCUCCAUUGAAGAUUGUCAAAAAGCCCAAAAGCAUGCAGUGCAAAGUGAUUCUUCUGGAUGGAUCCGAAUAUACUUGUGAUGUGGAGAAACGAGCCAGAGGCCAAGUGUUGUUUGAUAAAGUAUGUGAACACCUGAACCUGCUAGAAAAGGACUACUUUGGGCUUACUUAUCGAGAUGCUGAAAACCAAAAGAAUUGGCUGGACCCUUCUAAGGAAAUAAAAAAGCAAAUUCGAAGUGGUGCUUGGCACUUUUCGUUUAACGUGAAAUUUUACCCCCCUGACCCUGCCCAGCUAUCUGAAGAUAUCACCAGGUACUACCUCUGCUUACAGUUGCGAGAUGACAUUGUGUCUGGACGGCUGCCCUGCUCCUUUGUCACCCUUGCCCUGCUGGGCUCUUACACUGUGCAGUCGGAACUGGGAGACUACGAUCCUGACGAGUGUGGGAAUGACUACGUCAGCGAAUUCCGCUUCGCACCCAACCACACGAAAGAACUGGAAGACAAAGUGAUAGAACUGCACAAGAGCCACAGAGGCAUGACACCAGCAGAAGCAGAGAUGCAUUUCCUAGAAAACGCCAAAAAGCUCUCCAUGUAUGGGGUUGAUUUGCAUCAUGCCAAGGACUCAGAAGGAGUAGAAAUUAUGUUAGGCGUUUGUGCAAGUGGUCUGUUGAUAUAUCGUGAUCGCCUUCGAAUAAACAGAUUUGCUUGGCCCAAGGUUCUAAAAAUUUCAUACAAACGGAACAACUUUUACAUUAAGAUCAGGCCAGGAGAGUUUGAACAAUUUGAAAGUACGAUUGGAUUUAAGCUGCCAAACCAUCGAGCUGCCAAGCGCUUAUGGAAAGUAUGCGUUGAACACCAUACAUUUUUCAGACUGUUAUUACCAGAGGCGCCUCCAAAGAAAUUCCUCACCUUGGGUUCUAAGUUCCGGUAUAGUGGCAGAACACAGGCCCAAACAAGAAGAGCCAGCGCGUUGAUAGACCGCCCAGCCCCUUACUUCGAGCGCUCGUCCAGCAAACGUUAUACCAUGUCUCGCAGCUUGGAUGGAGCAUCAGUGAAUGAAAACCAUGAAAUAUACAUGAAGGAUUCUAUGUCUGCUGCAGAGGUUGGUACUGGCCAGUACGCGGCAACAAAGGGCAUCUCUCAGACCAACUUGAUCACCACUGUGACUCCCGAGAAAAAGGCCCAGGAGGAGCGUGAUGAGGAAGAGGACCGUCGGAAAAAGGCAGAGGAAGCCACGCCUGUCACUGCAGCUCGGCAUGAGGGAAAGUCACCUGGGCUCAGCACUGACUCAUGCCUUCCGUCACCCCCAUCAGCAUGUAGCGCCCCUGCAUCUCCUGCAAAGCUCCGCAGGAGAUGCAAGGAGAAGGACCGCGAGCCCUGUAAAGACCCCGUGCCGAUGCGCGGCGAGCCUGCCCUGGACACUGAUGCCAAAGGGAAGCCUUACCUGGGGGAUCCAGAGGUGGCUUUUAGCUACAAGCAGCCAGCCGGCAAAGGGGCGACCCUGUUUUCCUUCUCCUUGCAGCUCCCCGAGUCAUUCCCCUCUCUCCUUGAUGAUGAUGGGUACCUCUCUUUCCCCAACCUCUCUGAGUCCAGCUUCCUCCCCCAGAGCUUGCAGCAUUACCUCCCCAUCCGCUCUCCCUCCCUGGUGCCCUGCUUCCUCUUCAUCUUUUUCUUUCUGCUCUCCGCCUCCUUCUCAGUGCCAUAUGCCCUCACUCUCUCCUUCCCUCUGGCUCUGUGCCUCUGCUACCUGGAGCCCAAGGCGGCCUCCUUGAGUGCCUCACUAGACAAUGACCCGAGUGACAGUUCAGAGGAAGAGACUGACAGUGAGCGGACAGAUACUGCUGCCGAUGGAGAGACCACUGCCACAGAGUCGGACCAGGAGGAUGAUACCGAGCUCAAGGCACAGGAGCUAGAUAAAGCUCAAGAAGACCUGGUGAAACAUCAAACCAACAUUAGUGAGCUGAAACGGACCUUUUUAGAAACCUCUACAGACACUGCCAUAACGAAUGAGUGGGAAAAGAGGCUCUCCACGUCCCCAGUGAGACUCGCCGCCAGGCAGGAGGAUGCGCCCAUGAUUGAACCACUUGUGCCUGAUGAGACCAAAGAAGAAAGGGAGAUUUCUGAAAAAGUUAUAUUUUUGCAUCAAGGAAGCUCUUCAUUCCUUGAGUCUGAGCCAAGUAUGAUAAAGAAAAUGUGGGAAGGAGACUCUACUGGCUCUGUGGUUACUUCUCGUCAAAUAAUUUUCCAGAAAACUGUCCCAUCAACACUAGAGGGCACAGAGGACUGGGUUAUGGUAGACAAAGUUCCCGCAGAGAUAGUUGAUGGUGAUUCGAAACAGAUUGUGACUUACAAGGUGGUGACUGUGAGCAGUAAGACCGGGGACAUCCCAGCCGACAUGUUCAAAUCUAGCGCCUUGGAAAUGCACAGUUUCGAUGACCUGGCUCGAGAAAUGCAGUUGAGAGAAGAAAGCAAGCAGAAGGCAUACACUUUAGGAAAAUCCUAUGACACUGUGUCUGGGAAAAUCGUUACCAUGACUGGAAAAGCUAAAGAGGGGGAGAAAGGAGUGCCCACCUCCACCCUGGAAACGCUUCAGAAACUGGAGAGAGGGGCUUCUGAGCCCGUGAGGGUCACCCCUGUCAAGACAGACUUCGAGGUCCUGGAAGCCAUCCUGGAUGAGAAGGCCAAGAAGGUGCCUGAGGUCCAAACGCCCAAAAGGAGAUUAUCGGAGUCUCUGACCCCCAUAAAGGAAGCGGAGUCACGGCUGCAGAGUCCCGAAGAGGAGGAGCUCAAGCAAGCUCAAAGACUGGGCAAGGACGUGGGCCUCUACAGCGGCCUGGAGAGCAUGCGCUUCAGCAAAACAGAGCAAACCCCUGAGAGCGAGGCCUUGCAAGUGGGACUCUUUGGUCCCAGGAAAAAGAGCCUGUCGGAGUGGAGAUACUCCCAGGAGCCCGCCAUGACCGUGGCUACUGCCCAUUACGUUACUGAGUCGUCAUCGUCCUCCCGCGUGGUGACGAAACAGUCCUCUGGCGACAAAGUCAUGGCAGGCUCUGAGAUCUUCAGUUUAUUGGAGUCUGCAAGAAAGCCAACCGAGUUCAUUGGAGGGGUGACUUCUUCUACUCAAAACUGGGUGCAGAAAAUAGAAACGACGACAGUCUCCAGUGAAACAGAGCCCGACCCCGCCCAGAACCAGCGGCCCCUCAGCACCGAGAAGGUUGUGCAGGAGACGGUGUUGGUGGAGGAAAGGCACGUGAUGAACGUGCACGCCAGCGGGGACGCUGCUUACGCGGCUGGAGACGACGGGGAGGUGGCAGUACAGGCAGCAGCUGAGGCGUCCAGCCUUAAAGAGAAGGAGGGCUCUGCUCUCCUGGUGGAGGCUAAAGAGGAGAACCAGGAGAUGGCGAGUGGAGCCCCCAGGGAACAGGAAGAAGUAGCCGCUGCAGCCCAGGAGCUCAAGGGGGAGCAGAGUGCAGCCAGCCACAUUCUGGAGACUUCGGAGCGAAAACCUCAUUUUGAGUCGUCAACCGUGAAAACAGAAACCAUCAGUUUUGGCAGUGUUUCCCCAGGAGGUGUAAAGCUAGAAAUUUCUACCAAGGAAGUGCCGGUAGUUCAUACAGAAACAAAAACCAUAACAUAUGAAUCAUCACAGGUGGAUCCGGGUGCCGAUCUGGAGCCAGGUGUGCUGAUGAGUGCGCAGACAAUCACCUCAGAAACCACCAGCACCACCACCACCACCCACAUCACCAAAACUGCCAAAGGAGGCAUUUCGGAGACACGGAUCGAGAAGCGGAUAGUCAUCACUGGGGAUGCAGACAUUGACCAUGACCAGGCGCUGGCUCAGGCAAUUAAAGAGGCCAAAGAGCAGCACCCUGACAUGUCAGUGACCAAAGUAGUGGUCCAUAAAGAGAUCGAGAUCACACCCGAAGAUGGAGAGGAUUGACCGCAGGAAUAACUUAGCUUCCACGUGAAUCCCAACACGCAAACCAUUAGGAAAAUCAGAGCCUAUUGGAGUUCCCUCUUCUAACCCAACUGACUUGUACCUGUUCAUGGAAAAUUUCUACCCAGAAGAAUUGACCUUGACCUUAAUAAGACCCUGGCAGAAAGCUCCUCCCAUAAUCAAGCAAUCGGGAAAUCAGCACCACUCAACUGAUAUUGCAUGAAGCAACACUACAAUUACAAAAGAGCAGCCUUUUGAUUUUCACAAAAUGUCUAAGUUUUCAGCUGUACUUGCACGCUCAUAGCCAACGAUAUAAACAGUAAUCUCAUGUCACACAUAAUCCAUGCCUUUCACACUUUAUUAUUAAAGCCUAAACAAAACUGCAAUUCCAUAGGUGACGAAUAUUUUGUUUACAGAUAAGUGAAAAUUACCCUCAAAUGCUACAAGCUGUAUAGGUCUGGCAUGUCAUGUUUAUCACAGAUUAGAUGUGCCAACAACAGUUAAUUCAGUAAACAACUUGAACCUUGUACUUGUGUCACCUGGUUUCAUUACUCUAGCCCAUGAACAGUAGCAACUCUCUGAUCCUGCAGAAAUAUUGAAUGCUUAACAUCUUGCUUUAUGGAUCUCAUUUGAAUCGUUUUACAGUAGUACUGAUUUCAGGAUAUCAAUGUGAUUUCUUCCCUGGUGUCUGCUUGGGUCUCCAUUCAAUCCAGAAAGCUUCCCAGAGUCCCCUAACAAGUUCUAUAUAUGUAAAUCAUACUUUGGGAAAGAAAAACCUGUAUUUUUGCUAGUUUACAAUAUUAUGAAAUUUUAUUCCUGAAAAAUCUGAUGGGUUUUUGUUGCUUUGUUUUCUUUCUUCGUUUCUCUUUCCUUGUAUUUUAUAUUUUUUAAUUAAUUUUUUUCCUUUUAUGUGGAAAAAAAAAGUUUGUUUCUAAAUCUGGUCCAUAUUUACAAUCUAGUUCAGAGCCAAGCCUUAAACUGUACAGAAUUUCCACUGUAAUUAAACUAUUUCGUGUUUCAUUAUCAAUAGCCUUCAGCUAGCCUUCAGCAUAUAUUGUCCAUUACACUGUCAGCUGCGGCACAGCCCAUGGUGAAUGUUCGUGGCUGCAUAGCAAAAUAAAAAUGGCAAACGUGGUUAAAACCCCC